ACGCACCCGGGUUUUAUACUUUUGGUUCUAGUUUUCAGAUAUCCUGAAGCAUUCUAGCUGUAAAUUGUUGGCGUUCAAAAGAGUAGUUUCCAUGAAGAUAGGUGUGUUGCCUGAUGCUUUGCUCUUGAGAAUAUAUAUUAAUUGUCAUCACUGCCAGCUAAAGAUCUUGUGAACACAAUGUUUUUGGUCAAAAUGAUGGCAUACAUCCUGUGUGAGUAUAAUGGGGAUGGAUCGUAUGGAUAUGCUAAGUGAUCUACCUGAUGCCCUCCUCGUGAAGAUACUAUCCUCACUGCCUACGAAACAAGUUGUGUCAACAAUGCUUUUGUCAAAAAGAUGGCAGUUUCUUUGGAUGUUUGUGUCAAGACUCGAUUACAGUGACGAUGACAUGUGCCAAGACGGGAGGUUCUUGCGGUUUCUCUACAGCUCUUUGCUGCUGCACCAAGCUAAGGUUCUUGAGAGUUUUACUUUGAAGCUUAGUGGAAACUCUAGGGGUAUAGAUCUUGGAGUAUGUGUUACACCUGCUGUUAAUCGCUCUGUGCGUGAGCUGACUAUAGAGAUUGAUGCUUCUUCUACUGAAACUCAAUUCAUACUUCCGAGGAGCUUGUAUACAACAGGCUCUAGAACGCUUGUGACUUUAAAGCUACAGAACGCGGUUCUUGUGGAUGCGUCAGAGAUGGUUUCUUUCCCUUUACUUAAAACUCUGAGCCUUAUAUCAAUGAAGUACCCACGUGAUGCGUUUAUCCGCAGGCUUCUGUCCAGUUGUCCUGUUCUUGAAGACUUGUUUGUAGUCAAAUGCCUCGGUGACAAUGUGGCAUGUUUGGUGGUUAAAGUGCCUUCUUUAAAGUUUCUAACCGUGCGUACCACAGCAGAAGUAGACUACCAUCAGGGUUUGGUGCUCGAUGUUCCUUCUUUGGAGUUCUUGGACAUUGUUGAUUAUACAGAUGGAUUUUGUCUCGUUGAGAACAGUAUCCAUAAGGUGGUAGAGGCCCAUCUUGAUGUGACUUAUAGUAAUCCUCAGCAGCUUCUUGCUUCCCUUACUUCACUCGUGCAGCUUUCAUUAUGUUUAACGACUUCAAUGGAUGCACAUUUCGAUGGAACAAUAUUUAGACAGCUUGAACAGUUGAAAGUAUGUACUUGCGAGACCACCGAGUUGUUGGAUCUACUUAUGCGUCUACUCAAAGCUGCUCCUAAGCUAAGGAUUAUCGUCCUUGAACAUUUCCAUGGCAUUAGAACUGGAGAUCCGAUCCUGGGCUGGAACCAACCGAGUCGUGUUCCUGAAUGUCUAUUGUCUACUCUUGAAUAUUUUGACUGGAGGCAAUACGGAGGAACAGAAGAGGAGAAACAACUGGCAAGAUAAUACAUCUUAGGAAACUCUGGUCGUUUAGGACUGGCAAUUUUCUAUCCCAAAUCGACAAAUCCAGUAAAGAAUCUUAAGAUGCUCAAGGAGUUGUCUGUCACCAAGAGAGUUCUGUGGGAAUUACAGUUCUGUCUCAAAGUGAAAAGAUUUAAUUCCACGGACUAUGUGUCUUCGUUUCUUUUAAAUUUCCCUGUUAAUAUAGAUAUCUUGAAUGUUUAAUUCUAAUCUCAGAAUAAUCGACGUUUUGAUUGUGUUGGUAACGGUCGUCCUGACGUUGGACAUUGUUGAAAUCAUUCAUUAUAGUCUCCAGAAUCAACUACACUAAACACUGUUCAAGUACUUCGUAAUAUUAAUCCUGUGUUUGAACAUUGAUGCAAUAGUCACUAUAGUGUUUCAGUAACGGUUCAUUAUUGUGUUUUAGUAUCGGUCCAGAUGAGUUGCAUGCCCAGACGAUGAUUAGUAAUGCGACAACAACAUCAGCUAAUGGGUGUGGUUAGUUGCCAUUCUAACUCGGGGUUCUAAAUAGUCAUAUCAAAUGGUGGGAAGAAGAUGAAAAAGGAUAAAUAAAAUUUGGUACAUUUUAAAUUCAUUGAAGAUCUAGUCACAUAACAUAAUUUGUUAACUCAUACCAUAUGAUGAUAUCAGCCCAAUCCAAAUCGUUAAAUAUUAGUUUGUAUUGCAAAACCUAGCUCGAAGACAACCUUAACAUGUUUUAAAUCUCUAAGCCAACAAAUUUCCAGAUCAACUAUGCAUAUUAUUCAUUUGUUAAAGCAUCUUAUCUCAUAUAUUAUUAUACUUUGUAAAGUACGUCAAGCUCGGUUCCUGGAGAGUCUUCUCUUAAAGAGACAAAGAAAAUUAAUAAAAAGCUCUGUUUUAUAAAAUGUGAUUUAGAAAAACUGAACAAGGCCUCAGAGAUCUUGGUGGUUAAAGAAUCAUCAAGUGAAUUUCUUCAUCAAGAGUAGCAAAUAUUUUGAUUACAUCACUGGCCAUACCCAACAGAUGUUGAUUAUACAACAAAUUUAUUAAAAAAAUCAUAAAAUUUUGAUAAUCAAAAACAAAGAAAUUGAUUGAUUGAUGAUGGUGAGUCAAAAGUAGCUGGUAAAUAAUCACAUUUUUUAUUCAUUGGGAAUCCGAAUGAUUUUUUUCAUCACUCUCACCAUCAUCAAUCAUUAACAUAUUUUUCAAAAAUCCGAUUUAAGCGAUUGAUAGAUCUAUCUUCGAAGAUGUUCUGAAAAACAUACAAAGGUACGCAAGCUUAGCACAGAUAAAUAAAUCAGAGCCUUAUGAACGACCUCAAGAUCCAUUCAAAAGAAUUUGUAGUUCAAAAAAUUGCAAACACACUUUUUCAAAAACGAUAAAACCAAGAAAUUGAAAAAUAAGAGAAAAAAGAGAAAAU